AUGCCUGUCACAAACAGAACUUCUGUGACAGAAUUUGUUUUACUGGGACUCACAGAGCGCCCAGAACUCCAGCCUGUCCUCUUUGUGCUGUUUCUGGUUGUGUACCUCAUCACUGUGCUAGGCAACCUGGGCAUGAUGUCACUAAUCAGACUGGACUCCCGGCUUCACACACCCAUGUACUUCUUCCUCAGUAACUUGGCAUUCGUAGAUUUGUGCUACACAUCAACCGCCACCCCACAGAUGUUGACUGACUUCUUAUCAGAAAGGAAGACCAUUUCCUUUGUUGGCUGCUUUGUGCAGUGUUAUCUUUUCAUUGCUCUUCUCCUCACAGAGUUUUAUAUACUAGCAGCCAUGGCCUAUGACCGCUAUGUGGCCAUAUGCAACCCUCUGCGCUACAGUGUGAAAAUGUCCAGGAGGGUGUGCAUCUGCUUGGCCAUAUGCCCUUAUGUCUAUGGCUUCUCAGAUGGGCUAUUCCAGGCCAUACUGACCUUCCGUAUGACCUUUUGUAAGUCCAAUAUCAUCAACCACUUCUACUGUGCUGACCCACCACUCAUUAAGCUUUCUUGCUCUGAUACUUAUGUCAAAGAACAUGCCAUGUUAAUAUCAGCAAGCUUUAACCUCUCUACCUCCCUCUCCAUCAUCCUUGUGUCCUAUGCCUUCAUAAUUGUUGCCAUCCUAAGAAUAAAGUCAGCAGAGGGAAGGCACAAGGCAUUCUCCACCUGUGGUUCCCACAUGAUGGCUGUCACUUUGUUUUAUGGGACUCUUUUCUGUAUGUAUGUACGACCACCCACUGAUAAGACCGUGGAAGAAUCCAAAAUAAUAGCUGUGUUUUAUACCUUUGUAAGUCCAGUGCUGAAUCCAUUGAUCUACAGCCUGAGGAACAAAGAUGUAAAGCAGGCUUUGAGGACGGUCCUCAGAUGA